AUGCGUCAAUUCAGCAUCAUCGCUUUUAUGGCCGCCUUGCUCGCGCCCUUCGCUGCCAGUCAGUGCAUGGAUCGGUCUGCGGACUGCUCUCCUCUGGCCAUUUGCAAUAGCAUGGGCCCAUCGCAGGUUUGCGGAAACACAGAGAAAGUCCAGGGUGAAUGCGUCAAGGUCACCAAUGAAGAGCGUGGCUACGUUGCUGCCUUCACAAGACUCCUUGAUAGGUGA